AAAAAAAAAAGAGGACAAAAUGGGGUCAGCAUCAGAUAGGGUCCAUGCCAGACCCCACGAGAAAUGCAUCAGACAGCAUUUCCUUCUUUUCUUCAAUCAAUCUCUCUACACAGUACACAGAGAAUAACACUCCCUGCAGGCCUUUCUGCUCAAAGCUAAGUCGAUCGUCAAGUCAACCCUUCUUAAUUUCCAUUGUUUGCUAAGCUUUGCUUUGCUUGCUCCGUUUCCUCUCUGGUUUCCUAACUCGUUUUCAUUUCUUGUUGCUCUUCAGUUUGUUUCUUCCUAACUAGCUAGUUGUUUGUUUCUCCCCACCAAAAAAAAAAAAACCCAAAAAAAAUGUUUGCUCAUCCCCUUUUCUAGUUAGCAGUACUCUGAACUUGUUUUGCUAAACCCAGAAAAAAAAAGGAGAAAAAAAAAAACAGAGAGAGAGACACACAUGGCUACUGAUUUUCUUUGGAGUCUGGCAUCCAAAGUCAUCGGGUACACCGUCGGCCCGAUCGCUCGUCAAGUCGGAUAUGCAUUGCUGUCCGAGAGCUACGUGAACGACCUGCAAGAUAAAUGUCACCAGAUCGGCGAUGCUGGACAAGAGAUCCAACAUAACAUUGAAGAGGCUCUCACGACCGAGGUGGGGAACAGGGUCGAGCCCAAGGUCUUGAGGUGGUCCGAGACAGCAGCCGAGCUCAAGGGGGAGGCAGAGGAGCUGAUCGAACGGAAGAAGAAAGCUGCUGGUUGCUGUGGGUGUGUUGCCAAUCCGAUAACCCGCUACCGGUUGGGUCGGAAGGCGAACCACAACUCGCUUGCCAUUCAAAAUCAUCUUGCACCUCCGCCCCUCACAGCCAGAAGGCAUUGCCACCGCAUCGUCCUCUCAAAGCAUCUGUCCUCUCCAGUCAAGGGAUUCAAUGUUCGAGGACAUCGUGAAAGCUUUGGCGGAUGAUUCUGUGAACAGGAUUGGAGUGUAUGGUGUGGGUGGGGUCGGCAAGACCACCCUGUUGUCUCAAGUUGAAAAACAAGCCAGGGCAUCGAAGGAAUACGUCGAAGUUGUGGCAGCACUUGUGUCGCAAAACCCGGAACUGAAGAAAAUCCAACAGAAGAUCCGUGAGACAAUUGAUAGGGUCAAGAUAAAAGCGCAGCAGCAGCAGAAGAAUGAUAAGAAAAAUGACAAAGAGCAAGAGCCCAUGACGAAGAGGGCGGUCCUCAUAAUUUUAGACGAUCUCUGGAAGAAACUUGACUUGGAGGAGAUAGGACUUAGGGAGAUGGAAGGUGACAUUAAGUUCAAGUUAGUAAUGACUUCUAGAUAUUGUCGCGUGCUAGCUGAUGAAAUGCACUGUCGGCAAGUUUUCCAUCUUGAGAAACUGAAGAAUGAUGAAGCCCUGAAAUUGUUCGCAAACACAGUGGGCAACAAACUUAGUGACCCCCUCCUCAAGCAGACUGCAGAGGAGCUAGCCAAGAAAUGCCAAGGCUUGCCUCUUCUGAUCGAUGCGCUGGCAAAAGUGUUGCAGAAUAGUGAUUCGCCAAAAGACUGGGAGAAUGCAUUAGAACAGCUCGAAAAAUCUGACAGCGUACACAAGGCCCUGGAGGUGAGUUUCAGGCAAUUAGUGGACAGCCAGGUCAAGCUGCUAUCCAUAAUCUCAGGGGUUGAUGGAAGAGAAGGCAUUUCGGAUGAAGCUUUGCUGAGGUAUGGUAUCGGCUUGGGCCUAUUGGCAGGCAGCAUCCACACUAUGGAAGCAGCUAGAGGUAGAAUGCGAGCGUUGCUCGAUGGUCUUCGGGCUACUUCAUUGCUGCUUGAUUGUGAUGACAACUGUGUCAAGGUUCAUGAUAUGGUUCGGGAAGCCGUCGGAUGUCAAGCUAUGUGAAAGCAAGGAGAUCUUCUUGCCUUAUCCUGAUAUCCAGGAGUUGCCCUGUAUAUGGGAAUGUUCAGAAUUGGAGAUACUUGUCCUGUUUGCACGAGAAGACCGUCUCCUGCCAGUUCCAUAUUUAUUCUUCACAAUAAUGCCAAAACUUAAGGUCUUGCAUUUCGCCCGUGCAUGUUUGAAGCCCUUACCAUCAUCAAUCCGACACCUGAAAAACUUGCAAACGUUAUGUCUUGAAUACUGUGAUCUGGAGGAUGUCCGAUUUGUCAGGGAGCUUAAGAACCUGCAAGUGCUCAGCUUCAUGGGGUCUAAGAUCACUCUACUGCCAAAAGAAGUUGGGGAGCUCACAGGUCUGAGAUCGUUAGACUUGAGCCACUGCUCGAGACUUGAAGUGAUUGAACCGGGCUCAUUGGAGGGGCUGGCUCAACUGGAAGAACUAUAUCUGGAAAAAUCCUUUGUCCAGUGGCAUCUAAAGGGAGAUGAACGGCAAAGUAAUGUCAGCAUUUCUGAGUUGAACAAGAUGUAUCGUCUGAGCAACCUAGAGGUACUUGUUCCUGACGUUGACAUGCUCUGUGAAGACCUGCAAUUUUUCUGGAAACUAGAUAAAUACAGAGUGCUCGUUGGCAAUAAGUUCAUUGGCGAUAAGCGGAAGUGGUCUGAGAUAUGUAAAGGGCAGCGGACGCUAAAGGUCACGUUGAAAGGCAAUGGUAUCCUCUCUGAAGAGUGGUUCCAGCUGACUUUGCAGAGGACUGAAGAUCUUCAUCUGCAUGGUUCAGAUGGAAUCAAGAGAAGCAUCCAUGGGUUGUGUAGAGAAGGCUUCAAGGAAUUGAAGCAUCUUCAUGUGGAGCGCAGUCCCUCCACUCAAUACCUUGUCCGCUCAACCGAAUGUGCUGCUGAGAGUGCAUUUAUGGUUCUGGAGUCAAUCUUUCUGGAGAAUUUGUCCAAUUUGGAGAAGGUAUGCCAUGGCCUGCCCGGAAAAGGUUCUCUUGAGAGACUAAAAAUUGUGAGAGUCCAUGGCUGUCGAAAGCUGAAGAAUCUUUUCAGUCUUGCCUUGCUGAGAGACCUUAGAAACCUUGAGGAGAUCGAAGUGAUUGGCUGUGGCAUGAUGCAGGAAAUUGUUGUAUCUGAAAGGACGCUAGAGUAUGAUAGGAAAGACAAAGGCCCCAAGGGUUAUCCAGCAAAAAAGGAAAAAUCAACCAAGGAUGAUAAAAUAAAGUUGCAUGGUUUACGCCGUAUAAAAUUGGAGAACUUGCGGAACCUCAGGAUUUUCUUGACCAACGCAGAGCCAAUACCAUCAGAUUCACAGACGAAGGCAGGAGGGGGCAACUUAGCUAAGGAUGAAUCUCGAAAUACAGUUGCUUUCUUCAACAGCCAGCAGGUUUUGCUUCCCUGCUUGGAGUCCCUGGAAUUACUUCAGCUUCCCAAAUUGACAGAUAUAUGGAAAUGCCAGCAUUCCCUGGAGUGGAGCAAGCUUAAGUCGCUAAGAAUAGAGAAAUGCCACAACCUCUUGAAGGUUGUUGACUCGAGUAAUUUAAAGCUUGAGAGCUUGGAAUCGUUAUCAAUAAAAGAUUGCAAGUCAAUGGAAGAAGUCUUUGAUUUACGAGGCGUUGCAAUUGGAACAGUCAACAAGAUUCUGCCCCGUUUACAUGCACUAGAGUUGGAGGAUUUGCCAAGUUUGAGGUGUCUGUGGAACAUGACGAGUCCCAAAGGAAUUUCAGGAUUUCGAAAAUUAGGGUCGUUGAAGGUGGAUAGUUGUUCAGGUUUGAGAUGUCUAUUCCCUUCAUCCAUGGUUAAAGCUAUGGUAGCUCUGAAGGAAUUAGAAGUUUCAUAUUGUCGCAACAUGGAAGCGAUUGUUAUGGAGGACGGUGAAGAUGCAUCAGAACGAAGUUGGUUGUCAUCAUCAAAGGUACUGAGUGCAGCAUUCGAAUGUCCAGGCAGCCUCUCAAGUUUUUCCAGCAAGCAUUUACACGGUGACAGUGUGGAGGGAACAACCGAAAAAGCUAAAGACAUGGCAAAGAACAUCAUAGCGUUCCCAUCCUUAAGGGUGUUAACUAUUUAUGAAUGCAGCAACAUAAAGAGUUUCGUCUUAUCAUGUAAGAGGGAGCAAGAAGCCGUCAUGAUGGCUGGUGAUGAUAGCUCAGACUUGGAGUCUAAGGACGACGGCCAUGCCGCCUUCUUCAAUGCAAAGGUUCAUCUUCCGAGCUUGGAGGAGCUAGCACUCGGUGACUUAUCUUGUAAGAAGAUAUGGCACGAUAAGCUCCCUGAGGGAUCCUUUUGCAAGCUAGGAGAUCUCCGUAUUGGCUGGCUGGUGUGACCACCUAUCGGUUGUCUUUCCUUCAACUUUAAUAGAAAGAUUGAAGAAUCUGAAAGGUGUCUUUGUUGGAUGUUGCCCAUCUCUAAGAAGACUAUUUUGUUGCCAUCUAUCAUCAGUUGUCUUUCCUUCAACUUUCAUAGAAAGGUUGAAAAUUCUGGCAAGUGUUUGCGUGGAAGAUUGCUCAAUUCUAAGAAGACUAUUCGCACCUGUUUCGCGGGAAUCUAACGAAAAGCUCAAAUGGAUGAGUCUACCUGAACUGAAAGAAGUGGAGUUAUAUGAUCUGCCACGACUGAUGCAUGUUGUGGAGGGUGGCUUCGGCUCCCAUAGGGUACUACUGGGAUUUCCAAGUCUAACGAAAGUUGAAGUGGAUGAAUGCAAAAGUUUAAUGGACAUGUUCCCUACUGCCACAGCCACAACACUCUCAAAGCUAGAGGAAGUUUCAAUUCAAGAUUGCGACAACAUGCAGGAAGUGAUAGCGAAAGAAGAAGAAGGGGAAGGGAUUGACGAACUGGCGUUCCCUCGAUUGAGUUCACUGAAACUUCAUGAUCUCAAGAAUUUGAUCUGUUUCUCUUCUGCGAGUUGUUCAUUUUACUUUCCAUCCUUAGAAGACCUAAGUUUAAAGGACUGCCAUAAGAUGGAGGCAUUCAUCUCGCCCAAAGCACAUACUGAAACUGCAGCAUUAUUCUUCAACGAGAAGGCCGAGCUUCCGAAAUUGGUGAAAGUAGAGAUUGCUCGAAUAGGAUUGGAAGAGUUAUCAUCGCACACACAGAUCCCUACUGGGUCUUUGCGAAGCUUGAGGCAACCUGUUAUGUUCAGCUGGCCUGAGUUUCACGGUGUUCCAUUCUUUGCAAUGAAGAGGUUGCAGCGACUGGAGAGCCUGUGCUUACAGGGGAAAGGGAGUGAGUCGCUGUUGUUGAGUAUGCUUACCCAGAGCCUGACUUCCUUAGAGAUCUACGGUUGCCAGCAAAGAAAUCUUUUCACAACUUCACAAGAGUGAAAUGCUUGCAACAUCUCCAGUGUCUCAAGAUAGAAUCGUGUGAUAUUCUGGAGCAUGUUGUUACAGACGGAGAGGCACCAGCAACUAGGGGCAUUGUCUUUCCUUGCUUAACUAACUUAAAACUUCGUGAUCUGCCAGAACUCUGCAGCUUCUACCACAAGCGCCACACAUCAGGCAAAGAAAGCCAUGAAGAAUCAAGCCAGAAGGAUGAGGAUGGUCUCCACCAUCAAAUUCAGCCAUCACUAUUUUGGGUUGA